AGGCCACCCACCAUUAUCCUUCAAAGCCCGAAUUCGUCCAACAUGAAUUAUUCACUACAGGAUCUCCCAGGGGAGCUUCACUGUGCUCAACGUGUCGCCUUCUUCAACAAUGGCUUCAAAACUUCUACUGAGUCAACUCAGAAACAUUACCAGACCAACUCACCACCGACUCAUAAACCCUAAUUUCAUCUUUCCACUGAAAAAUCAAACGCUCAUCCACUCCAGGCCAUAUUCAGAUGCUCCGCAACCACCUCCAGUCGGUUCCAAGCCUCCACCGACUAACGCCGAUAGUGCUCCUACACACAAGAAAAUUUCGAGCUCCUUAAAUCAAGCUGAACUUGCUAAAUUCUCCGCCAUUGCAGAAACCUGGUGGGAUGCUGAAGGGCCGUUUAAGCCAUUGCAUGUGAUGAACCCUACAAGACUUGCCUUUAUAAGGUCCACAUUAUGUCGCCAUUUCGGGAAGGACCCAUAUAGUGCUAAGCCUUUUGAAGGACUGAAAUUUGUGGAUGUUGGUUGUGGAGGGGGUAUUCUGUCUGAGCCUUUGGCUCGAAUGGGUGCUACUGUGACUGGAAUUGAUGCUGUGGAGAAGAAUAUCAAUAUUGCUCAACUUCAUGCAGAUUUGGAUCCAGGGACUUCAUCGAUUGAGUAUCUUUGCACAACAGCUGAAAAGUUGGUGGAAGAGCAGAGGAAAUUUGAUGCUGUAUUGGCUUUAGAGGUUAUCGAGCAUGUAGCAGAACCUGCUGAAUUCUGCAAGUCAUUGUCAGCACUGACUGUUUCUGGCGGAGCUAAUGUGAUUUCAACAAUAAAUCGUUCCAUGAGAGCAUAUGCAACUGCCAUUGUUGUUGCCGAGUAUCUCUUACAUUGGCUACCCAAGGGCACACAUGAGUGGUCAAGCUUCCUUACCCCUGAAGAACUUGUUCUAAUUCUUCAACGGGCCUCCAUCUCUGUUCAAGAGAUGGCAGGGUUUGUGUAUAACCCUUUGACAGGAAAAUGGUCUCUAUCUGAUGAUAUCAGUGUAAAUUUCAUCGCUUACGGCACAAAAAACACUGAAUGAGCUAUAUCUUCAGCUGGAUCAAGCUACAGUUUUGUCGAGGUUAUAUAUUAUAGUGGUUAGAGGCGGCUGCUGUUGGGUGGGAUACUAUGAACAAACAAUUUUGUUUGGUCGGUAUAUAAUCCGCAGUAACUUUUGUUCAAGACUUUAUGAAGUUUAAGAAAGCACACUGCCGCAAUUUGCAAUGCAAUUAGUAGGUGGCAGUAUUUGUUUUUCGGAAAUGGGACGUGUCCGGCUGCACCGAAGCCUCCGUAGCUGUUCUACUCUCUGCCCAGAAUUGAAAGCCCAGAAUUCAAAGUCGGGUUUGCUGACCAAUGAGAUAAAUAUUUCCUCUGCUCUGAUUAUUUGAUUAUUUUAUUGGGUAUUUUGGAUUCCCGAUCUUGUAUUUUGGGAUUAUUAUAGGUUAAUAUUAAAUCUUUCCUUGUUCUUUUGUAGUUCACUUUUCCCAUUUGUUUGCUUUUUAUUUUUUAUUUGCAAGCUACGAGCGAAAACCGACCAUUUGGGCCAUGUGAAAUGUGCACGUUUUCCAGCACUUACUCAAAAAUUAUUUGCUUUCUUUA